AUGGAGAGAUCGAGAUCUAAGAGGUAUUAUUAUGACCAGGACUAUGAUUCCGAAAACUUACACUCGAGGACAAAACCCCGAUAUAGUAGUUCCCAUAGCGGCGGUGGAGGAGGGGGCGGAGUGGGAGGAGGACAACAUUAUGUUUCUGGUAACCACCGUCGAUCUGUUGCGGGAGGUGGGAGUGGGGGUGGUGGACGGAAAGUGCAAGAUCUUUCAUUGAUGGUUACAACCAGUUAUCGAAUUCUUUGCCAUGAUUUAAAGGCUGGGGGUGUUAUUGGAAAAUCCGGGAGCAUUAUAAAGGCCAUUAGACAGCAUACCGGGGCGUGGAUCAAUGUGCACGAGCUGAUUCCUGGGGAUGAAGAGAGAAUUAUUGAAAUUUCUGAUACAAGGAGACGGGACCCAGAUGGCCGGAUGCCUGCGUUCUCACCUGCUCAAGAGGCGCUGUACUUGAUUCAUGAGCGCAUUUUGGAGAAUGAUGUUGCAGGGUUGAAACAUAAUGUUGGGUUUGGGGAUGAUCCAAUUGAUGAGUUUGGGCCGAGGGGAGGUGGUGGUGGGAAUGGUAAUAAUGGUAACCGGGUGGUGACGAGAUUAGUAGUGUCACGAAUGCAUGUGGGAUCAUUACUUGGGAAAGGAGGGAAGAUAAUUGAGCAAAUGAGGAUUGAGACUAAGACGCACAUUAGGAUUUUACCCCGAGAUCACACAUUGCCACGUUGCGUCGCAAUGUCAGAAGAGAUUGUUCAGGUUGUUGGGGAUAUGAACGCUGUAAAGAAUGCUGUAGCAAUUAUUUCCUCACGCUUAAGAGAGAAUGAUAAUUUUAUCCCUAUUAAUACUUCAUCAAGAAAAUCUUCUGCGGAAGGACCAAAUUAUGGAUCAAGGAUUCCUGCUGGUUCCAGGAGCAAUAACUUUUCUUCGCAUCCUUCCGGAUAUCUUAAUGAAUCUGUACCCGAAUCUAUGGGUCAAGAUGCACAAGCUUUUUCUAGUGAAGAUCUCGUGUUUCGAAUACUUUGCCCAGUUGACAAGGUUGAUAGUGUUGUUGGGGAAUCAAAUGGGUUUAAGGAGUUGCUUCAAGAUGAAAUAGGCGUGGAUGUUAAGGUUAUAGAUCCAGUUGCUGGCGUGGACGAACGCAUAAUUAUUAUUUCAUCCGAUGAGGGCCCUGAUGAUGAGCUGUUCCCUGCUCAAGAAGCUUUGUUGCAUAUUCAAACCCGUAUUGUCAACCUCAUCCCAGAAAAAGAAAACAUUAUCACCACUCGGUUACUUCUACAGUCGGAUGAAAUUGGAUGCUUAGGGUUAAAAGAUGGAUUGUUACCUGAGAUGAGGAAAGCAACCAGUGCAAACAUACACAUUCUUCCUAGGGAAGAACAGCCAGCAUUUGUAUCUGAAACUGAUGGAAUUUUACAGAUUGUUGGGGAGAUCAAAGCUGCUCGUGAGGCUCUAGUCGAGGUAACGUCAAAGCUAAGGAGUUACAUUUAUCGAGAGUUCCUUGAGCUGGAUGUCCCGACUCCCGUUUCUGCUCCUAACCCUGCGGAGGUGGAACACAAGGCAAUUUCUAGCAUCAGCAUCACUCAAUCUCAAGAAAUUCAUCCUGGGAAUAGUCCAACCAAAUCAGCUCAUCUGAGUACACCAACUGUAGUAACGGAACAGCAAGCAAAAGAUGUGGGGCCCUCAGUUAGUGAAACUGUGAAACAAAAUGGAAGUGAACGUCGUGAAGAUAUUCCUAAUAUGUUGAAUAGAAUAUCUGUACCACUUGUUACCAGAAGUACGUUGGAAAUUGUUAUAACACCAAAUGUGGCAUCCAAACUUGUAACAAAAUCAAGAAACAAGCUCACUCUUAUCAGUGAUCUAUCAGGAGCGAAUGUUAAACUGAUGGAAGAUAGACCAGAGGUAACAGACAAGAUCAUCCAAAUAUCAGGGACUCCGGAGCAAGCUGAGAGAGCUCAGAGCUUGCUACAAGGAUUUAUUUUGAGCACCGAGGAAGAUGGCCCUUAG